CACCUUUCACCCGCACGCCGGCCUCGGGCGGCAGCGGGGCCUCGGCGGCGGCCGCGCCAGCUCCCAGUUUCCUGGAGCCAAAUGGCUCCUGCCUGCCUGCUCGGGAUCUGCAGCCUCCUCAGCGCCUGGUCAGUGGUGAUGGGACACCCCUGCAGCCUCGACCACCAGGGACGGGCUGACUGCAGCAGGAAGAGCCUCCUGCACUCUCCAAGUUCUCUUCCAAGCAACAUCACCAGUUUGGACCUCUCCUUCAACUCCUUGGUCAUGCCCCGUCACAGGACUCUCUUGAUGCAUUUCCCUUCACUGCGCUCCCUCAACCUCUCUAGCAAUGCCCUGCUGGUGCUGAGCCCAGCAGUGUUCUCCAACCUUGAGGCACUGCGUCUGCUGGACCUGAGUAGCUGCAGCAUUGCCUACCUCCACACGGACUCUUUCAAGGGCUUGGGAAACUUGCACACACUGCUCCUAAGAAACAACAGUCUGCAAGAGCUUGAGGUCCCUUUCUUCCUGCCGCUGAAGGCUCUUUUCCAUCUGGACCUACAGCACAAUGUGCUGGUCUCUGUGGACGCUUUGAGCCUGGAGCUGAUGGAGGCAGUCCCACAGGUCCGGCUGGAAGGGAACCCCUGGGGCUGCAACUGCACCGCAUACCCUCUGCAGCAGUGGCUACAGCGCAGGCAAGCUGUGCAGGUGACCUGCGCGUCGCCCCCGGGGCUGCGGGGCCGGGAGCUCGCUGCCCUGGAUCCCCGGGACCUCGGCUGCCGGAUGAAGCAGCGGUUUCCUCGGGGGGUCAGCACGGCGCGGCAGAUCCCAGUGACCCACAGCAACGCCACCACACCACCUGCCGGGAAGGGGGGAAGGAGCUGGCCGUACCUCGUGGGCUUCCUGGUGGCAGCAAUUGUCAUCUCCAUCCUGAUUGCACUGGGUGCCAAAUGCAAGCUCUUCCACAAGAACUUCGCCAGCUACCGCCACCGGCCGCUGCCCGAAACCAGCUCGAUCGGAGGCAGCCCGAUGGAGGAUGGCAGCGGCUGGGACAGGGUCUCCUCAGGCCGGGGGGCCUGCGAGAGACACCCCAUGCCUGGUGCUGCCGACCUGCAAGCUGAGGAUGAUGAUGGCUUCAUUGAGGACAAUUACAUCCAGCCAAGUGAGCAGCUGCCAGGGGAAGAGGAGCGGGAGUCCCACCUCUCCAUCUGAGCCUGCAGCCCAGCCACCACCGCUGCGGCAUUUGCUGUCCCCCCUGCCUCCAUCCCCUUCCUGCUCUUUCCCACUUUCCCUUGGCUGUUGGCCCCACGUGGCUGGGGGCAGGAGGAAAGGAGCGGAAAGGAGGGGAGAGAAGGGCUCGGAGUGGUGAUGGAGGCUGAAGGCAGCCAGAUCCACGGUGCCUCAGCAUGAGGCAGGGACGAUGGACCCUCUGCGGCUCUCCCAGCCCUGCUUGGAUGCUGAAGAUGAAGAGAAUGUGCCUUUUGUGUCCAGGCAGCCUGGUGGGGUGGGAAGAGGUGACCGACCUUGUGCUUCCUACAGUAUCUCAGGCACCAGCCCCACUGACCCACAAGACCAGACCCAGCCCUGCUCUGUCCCUCAAUGUUGUGUCACUCCAGGGUGUGAUUAAACAUGAUUUAACCCUG